AUGGUUGUUAGAACAUUAAUUCCAUCACACUUUAAAGCUCCUUGGGGAUUUGCAAAGAAGGGCGCUAAAGGACUUCGGAAAAUAGGUCCACUGCAUCAUGAAUCGUGGAAAUGGCCUGGACAGAAUAGAGAAUUUCCUGAAUUGUCUCCUAAAUGGCAGAAGAAUAAUACAAUGGAAUUGAGACGUUUGUUUUGCUAUUUUUUAAUUAGGGAGGGGGGAGGGAUGUUAAUAAGGAAAGUAGUGAUUGACCUGUUGUUGGAUCAGGACCUUAAAUUUUGCUGGAUCAAUAGUCGAAAGCAAAUAGUUUUUCGGGGUUCCUAUACUUGA